AUGCAUUUCAAGGUCAAUACUGCGUUUGUGUUUGCAGCGACUGCCUCUGCACUGCAAGUCACUUCGCCCACCAAAGACACAAAUGUCGACCUGUCCAAGUCGACUGAGAUAACCUGGAGCCAUGUUGAAUCCGACCCUACCUCCUUUGACAUUGAGCUCGUGAACGAGCACGUCAAUCCCGCCGUCGCCAAAACCAUCGCCACAAACGUGCAGACCAGCGCCGGCUCGUAUACCUUCAGCAACCUCGACGCAGCAGCUGGCAGGGAAGGAUACCAAAUCAACUUCAUCUCCAACGAACCCCAAAAUACGGGUAUUCUUGCACAAUCGCCCGGCUUUGACGUUUCCAAUGCUAGUGGAAGCAGCUCGACACUGAGCGCCGAGUCGUCGACGACGUCAGGCAGUUCGACUAGUACAGGUAGCUCUAGUGCUACUACUUCUACCACGGGAACAUUUACUUCGACUUCCAUGUCGAUGACCAGCGGGGCCUCGAGCUCGGCGAGCAAGACAGCUUCGGCGAGUCACUCGGGAGUGUCGUCUUCGAGCACUGCGCAGCCGAGUACCGGUGCGGCGAGUGCGUUGGGGGUGUCGGCUGUGGGUAGUGUUGUGGGUGGUGUCCUUGCGCUUUUGUUGUAG